GGAAGGGAGGGGGAGAAAAGGAGCGACAUCCGGGCAUCUCGGAGAUGAACUUCUCCUCAGUUUCCCUUGGCCUAGUUGUCAGUUACAGCCUCUGCAGCACACACACACUUUCCCCUUCAUUCAGCACUGAAGCCUGGAAGAGUUGUACUCAUUGGCCUGGUUUUUAUUUGUUUCCUUCUCAACGAAGGUGCAUUUACAUGGAGAAAGUAGACCCCGAGAUCUCGCUCUUGUUCCAAUGCCCGUCUGCAAAGGGCAUCACAGAGGCUCAGGUCCAGGUUGAGCUGUCCCCUUUGUAUGACCGGCACCCAUUGCUUGGAGACCAGCUUCAGAUUGAGGCCACUUGGGCAGAGCGCUGCAAGCAGAACCCGUGGCUCUUUGACGGGGACAAAUUCCGCCUGCAUUCUGUCAAACUGGACGGAGCCGUUCUGACUUUCCUUCUUGGGCUUACCUGCUACAAAGACUUUGUGGGCACCAACUUGGGCGAUGGAGCCGCACGCCUGCAGCAGCAGGGCUGGGAGGACUUUGGGGACAGACAAGCCUACCUGGCCCAGCCCUUGGGGGUGGGCGCCAUGCUGCACACAGCAGACGACAAGUUCAUUUUUUUGAAGCGGAGCCACCUUGUAGGGGAAGCACCUGGGAAGGUUGACAUUCCUGGUGGGCAUCCCGAACCACAGGUUGUGAGAGGAAGCACCGCCUUGGAGGGACCCAUCUGCCAUCAAGACCUCCAGGGUAACUUGGUUGUCCAGGAAUUAUUCUCCUCUGUUCUCCGGGAGAUUCAAGAUGAGGUGAGCCUCCCAUCGGCAACACUGAGUAGCCCUGUGUUACUGGGGAUUGCUCGGAACGAGACCAGCGCAGGGCGGUGCAGCGUGGAAUUCUACGUCAGGUGCAGCCUGACGUCUGAGGAAGUGAGGCACUACUAUGCUAUCGGGGGCCCUGAAGCUCAGGAAUCCACCAGCGUUAUCUUUGUCAACAGAGAGGAUGUCCUGACAAUGGAGCAGAAUGGGGAGUUGUGGAAGGAACUGUGUCCGUCGGCCAAAGGGGCUGUAAGGCUCUAUUCAGUGGUGAUGGGCGAGUGCCAGUGAGCGCUCCUAAACAAUGCUUCUUGGACGAAUUAAGGACUCUCAGGGACUAUUCCACAAAAUCACCAUUUUUUUGGCAACAGUGGGGAUAUCAACACCAGGGGCAUGGAGUGAGAGUUAUUCCCUCCUUGGAAAUGGACCAAAUAAUUCCCACCUUAACUCCUUGCCAUUGCUGAGCCGACUAAUAUUCCAUUUCCCACUAAAGAGCUUGUAUUUUUAAAAAAUAGUUCUCAUGAAUGAUGAAAUGGUGGUACAUAUUUUGUGAGUAUUUUCUAUUCCUGGCUGUGUUUUCCGUCCCUGGGAUGUAUCUUGAACUGGUACAUUCUGUGUGCCACCAGUACAACCGGUAUUGCUGGUUUACAAAGUGACAGCUGCAAUAAAAUGUUUUGUAUUCCAGCCCA